AUGUCAAACAUCUCAUCACAUGGCUCUCCUGGACCUCCGACUGCCCCACACGCGAACCCUGGUCCACCUAGGCGAACCUCUUAUGCAUCUGUCGCUGCAGGCGUGGCAGCAAUUGGUCAACAAAGUCCUUCAGUCCAUUUGCCAACGACGCCUUUCGCAGCAACCUACCCCCAGUCGUACUCAGACCAUCUUCAUCUGCCACAUUCCACAGACGCAGACUCGCAACUGGAGGGGAGUACAAGGAUACCGGAGAGUUGGGGUUCAGGAGCACGGGAAAGUACAUCGACGUUCAAUAGUACCAAUUUCUCGAAGCAAGCGUACAAUCCGUGGGGUAUCUUUCCAGGCAGCACGGGAGUCAAUGGCUUCUUCAAGCCUACCUACUUACGGGGGUCCAAGUACAUGGAGGAGCUAGAGGCUAUCUAUGACGCCAGUAUGGAAAAAGCAGAAGAAGAAGACCCUGUGCCAGCGCGAUCUGGUCACAGCUCUCUUUCCAAAAGCUCAAGCAGCGUGAGCCUCCCAAAGAUGCAGGCGUCCCACAGAGGCAUGUCCUACGAGAUAAUAGAGCACCAACCGCAACCUAUGGAACUUGGACCAGGGCCCCUACCCUCGAAAUGGCAGGAAGUCGACAAGCACAAUUCUAUAGAGAUUGCAAGCGAUGGGCAGCAAGUACGAUUUGUUGGGCCUUCGAAACUCUCAGAUCAUGAGGCUGCUGCUACUCGAACAGAUCAUCCUAUGCCUUCCUCAGCUGGUAUAUACUAUUACGAAGUAUACAUAGAGUCUAAAGGCAAAGAUGGGCUUAUUGGAGUAGGCUUCUCAGGUGGCAAAGUUUCACUGGAGAGGCUUCCCGGUUGGGAGCCCGAUAGCUGGGCGUACCAUGGUGAUGAUGGCAAAACCUUUUGUUGCCAACAGAUUCCGAAGCCUUUUGGGCCCACUUUCUCCUCAACUGACACGAUAGGCUGUGGAGUCAAUUUUGUAGACGGUACUGCAUUUUUCACUAAGAAUGGCAUACUUCUUGAUACUGAGAUUAUACAGCAACGAAAGCGACAGAUUCUCGAAGAGAUUGACUCAGUAGACAUUUCACCUUUGCACCCUAAGUUGGAUGGAGACAACUUAGCUAAAGCUCUAAUCGCUCAAUAUCUUUCACACGACGGCUAUGUAGAAACAGCCCAAACGUUCGCUGAAGAAGUACGAAGAGAAGCUGCAGCACUACAGGCAUCGCCCGAGACGCCAGUAGACAAAUACCUAGCCGUUGAGGAGGACCGAGACGCAGCAAACCGACAACAGAUACGAGCGGCCGUCUUAGACGGUGACAUCGACACGACCAUACGUCUUACCAAUACAUACUUUCCAACUGUUUUCCUCACCCACCGUGAUGUCAAUUUUCGUGUCCGCUGUCGGAAAUAUAUUGAGAUGAUGCGCCAAUCCGCUGAAUUAUGGGACACCUCUCCCAGUCCUACUACCUACAACAGAACAGACAACAGUGAAAUCAACGGCAGCGAUCGUAACGGGACCGAUGUCGCUGAUCAAGACAUGGAUAUGGAUGGCCUAGAAACCGAAGACGGCAACUCCGGGCCCAAGAACGAGAGGGAAGACGGGACCGCCAAUGAUGCUGCCGACGGCGUCGAUGAUCACAUGGAUCUUACCUCAGAGCCUGUACUUACGACCCGCAGUCCAAAUCCAGUUGGGUAUGAUGAGAUGCUUAGCAAAACGAUAAAUUACGGACAGGACCUGAACAAUGAGUUCAAGGAUGAGCAGGAUCCGAAAUUCCGAGAGCAUGUCAAUGAGACACUGAAGGAAUUGUUUAGCAUGCUGGCUUACAAAGAUCCACGAACCAGUCCGGCGAGAAAAUUACUAGAACCGAGCGAGAGGGUGAAAGUCGCCGAGGGCCUGAACAGUGCAAUAUUAGGUGUGUUUCGAUACGAAUCUCGAGCUUCGAUGCUUGAGCUUGCAACAAACUCACCACGAGCAUUUGCUAACACCCUCGAACGCAUGUACAAACAAACCGUUGUUCUAACGGACAUGAUUAGUGAGGAUGGUGGCCCCGGCUCACUCGUCAAUGUUCGGCAUCUGCUCAAGAGCGGGGAGACCUCGUCCCAUCUGCGGUGA